GCACAGGCUAUCUUGCCGUUGACCAUUUGCUGGCCGUGUCUCGAUCGGACUGUUGAACUACAUACGAAAAUAGUGGUCCACUUUUAAUUUAACGUGCUGUGUUUGUGUCGGGUGACAAAAGGAUAUUGUGCAUUUAACGGAUUGUUAAACUUAAAAGCGACAAUAUGAAGCACAGGAUAUCCAUUUUUAUAGUCCUUGCAAGCGCAGCGACAGUGAUCUGUAUUCCACCUCCACACCCUGCUGUUGUGGCCGUCCGCCAUGCAGAGGACCUUCUUCCACCAGAACAAAGGAGUCCUGCUCUACGCAACCCACAUCUGCUCCAUGCUUUACAAUUAACCAGUCUUCUUCAUCACGGAGAAAGCCCGGUAUUUGAACGUGAGGCAGACAGCGUGCCGCGGCGAGAGAUCUACAAUAUCCUGACGCACGCUGGCUUCAUCGGGCGCCAGCACUUGAGAAAUCAGUCGCCGCCCAAACAUCCACACAGUCCACACGAUUAUCCUCCCAGUCACGACUCGCCUUUUGUAUUUAAUUCGGACGCUUUACAGUAUUUGUGAAAUGAAAAGUAAAUUGUAGGUAACUUAUAUUACUUAGGGCCAGUUUCACUUCAGGCGAUUAAAAUUACAGUUAGACAGGAAACCUUAAGUUAAAGAACAUUUAAAAAAAAGCAAAUUUGAUUGCACAUGUAAUAAUUUGUACUUUACUACUUGAUGUAUCUCUAUAACUACACUGUUAACGGUUAAGUCUCUGACAUGCAACUGAUCCUUAGUGGUACUUACCUACGAAUUGUAUCAUAAAAAGUAAGAUAAUGUUAUGUAAAUAUUAGAUAAAUAGAAUAAAUAUUAGAUAAAUAGCCUUAUAAUAUAGUUAUGUACGUGAAUUGAUGUCCAACAACAUUUAAGCGUUUAAAUCGCAGGUGAUAUUCAUUAUAAAUAUAUGUGUAACCAGAACGCUAGUAAAAUU